UAUUUUUGGCUGGUCUUCUUCCUUUGUAUAUAUUUACUGUGCGUAGUCUUUGUUGAUAUACACACAAGAAAAAAGAGAAAAUAAGAAGAGAAGAAAAACUAGAAAACAUGACUGAGCAAGAAACACGUCCUGUUGUCGAAGAACAACAACAACAACAAAUCAGUGACGAACCCAUCAAGACAGUUUUUCAUGAUUCCAAAAACUACAAUGUAAAGCAUCCCCUUCAAAACACUUGGACCUUAUGGUUUGACAAUCCUGGUAAAAAAGCCAACGCUGCUUCUUGGUCUCAAAACUUGAAAGAGAUCGUCAACGUUGAUACUGUAGAAGACUUUUGGGGUGUUCAUAACAAUAUUGUCAAAGUCAACCACCUUGAAAUCAGUUCAAAUUACCAUGUAUUCAAGAAAGGCAUUCGUCCAGAAUGGGAAGACCCUGCUAAUGCCAAUGGUGGUAAAUUCAGUAUCCAGUUUCCCAGAAAUAGAACGGGUGAAGCUAUCAAUGACUACUGGCUCAAUUUGAUCCUUGCUAUGUUGGGUGAACAAUUUGAAUAUGAAGAUGAGAUUUGCGGUGCUGUUGUUUCUGUUCGUAAAGUGUUUUACAGAGUUGCUCUUUGGAUCAAGAGUUCUGAAAAGAAUGAAAAGAUUGAAACUAUUGGUCGUCAAUUAAAAGAAUUCCUUCAGCUUCAAAAUACUUUGGUUGUAGAAUUCACUCCUCACGGUGAUUCUGCUGUAAAGUCAAAUGAAAAUAGAUUCACCAUUUAAGCUUUCAGACACACCUAUCUCUUUGGAAAUAAAUAAAUAAAAAAAGAUGCGCGCACAUAUCGAUUUCCCUGUACGACAGUUGUGUAUAUUUUCA